UUAAUCUAGUGCCAUCUUCAUCUUUCAAACGUGUCAACAUCGACCGAUCUGGCAUGUUAAUGCCCUGCCGGUCUUAAUGCAUGAGCAACAGCUGACUGAAACGGUCACCCAGUUUUGUUGAAGAUGUACGCCUGUGCGAAGAUCGUGUGUACGCCUGCACUGGUUCGCUCCGGCUCCAGGGCGCUGUACAGACCCCUGUCUGCCUCCGUGCUUUCCAGGCAAGAUGUCAAAUCCGAGGCUAGUCCAGUCCUCCUUCCCCAGAGCACUGUAUCCCAGGUUGCACUGCGAGGUUUCCAGACAAGUUCGGUGAGCCGUGACAUCGACACGGCGGCCAAAUUUAUCGGCGCCGGAGCCGCCACUGUAGGCGUGGCCGGAUCUGGGGCCGGAAUCGGGACGGUGUUUGGCAGUCUCAUCAUUGGAUAUGCAAGGAACCCAUCUCUGAAGCAGCAGCUGUUCUCCUACGCCAUCCUGGGCUUCGCCCUGUCCGAGGCAAUGGGGCUCUUCUGCCUCAUGGUGGCCUUCCUCAUUCUGUUCGCCAUGUGAAGUGGCACUAUACCUCCAUCUGCUGAUGACACAGCCCCCCCUGUUGGCUGAGGUGUGUGUGUGUGUGUGUGUGUGUGUGUGUGUGUGUGUGUGUGUGUGUG